CAGCGGCAAACCAGUUUCCCUUGCUUGGGUGUCACAUGCCUUUUGGGUUUUCCUUCCUGAACAAAUACAGUUGCAUGGUCCAGUGUGUUGGCCCCAUUGCAGACGUGACAGUACAGACAGGUUAAAUAGUUAAGCAGCUGUGAGGAUAUGUAUGCUGUGGCUUUAAAUCUGUAACAGGAAGCUAGGCAAGGGAGCAGGGCUGGGUAAGAUUCUAAGUAGAAAUUCAGCAGGGAAGCAGAGAGAGAGAAUGGCUUUAGGGAUAAUACUGUUUUCCUUGUUCUAAUAAAGUUCCUUGUUCAGCAUUGGGAGAAAUCAACUCUCUCUCUCUGAUUGGUUACCACUGUCACAUGCCAGUUCCUUGUUCAGUGUUGGAAGAAAGGACUCUCUCCCUCUCCCUCUCCUUUACCACUGUCACAUGAUGAGGGUUGCUGCUGCAGCUGCCUGUUUUCUUCCCAGGAGCCUAGACUGAGCAACUGCUGCUUCCCUCCUCUCCUCUCUACACUAUCUGCCUUAUUUAAAGACCCUUCUGUUACUAGCCAUGCUGGGGACUGUCUCCGACUGUAACUAGCCUCCUAGGGGAAGCUCCGGACUCUGCAAACACUAACUCCUGAGACGGAAAUUCCAGGAUUUCCCAUUCCCAAACAAGACAUGAUCUCCAGCCGGGAAUGAGAGGAAGAGCUGCGGGUCCCCACUCUCCAGAGCUACGAUGAAAAGGAGAUGCUGAGUGGCACCUGCGCAGGUGAUAGGAUUAUGAGUGAAAAUGAGGAGUAUGCCCACCAGGAAGGUCCUGAGUUCAUGGAACCAUGUGACACAUUAUCUGGAAUAUCUCAAAAGAAUAUUUCCCAGAGUCCUGACCAGAGCAAAGCCUGUGAGGGUCAGCACAAAUCAGAAAGGCAUCAGACAACUGCUCCAGAGAAGAGGCAAGGUAAACCAACUGCUUGUGAAAGAGGUUUCAGGAAACUGCCAGACAUUGACCAGCUGGGAAACCGCACUAUGGGGAGAUCAACAGUAUGUGGUGACUGUGGGAAAAGCUUCAGGGUGAGCUCAAACUUCAGACAGCAUCAGAGAAUCCACACUGGAGAGAAACCCUUUGGAUGUGCCGAGUGUGGGGAAAGCUUCCGGCAGCGGUCACACCUUAUUCAGCAUCAGACAAAGCACACGGGGGAGAGACCUUAUGAAUGUACCGAGUGUGGGAAAAGUUUCACUGUGAGCUCAAACCUUAUUCGGCAUCAGAUAAUCCACACUGGAGAGAAACCCUAUAAAUGUGCCGAAUGCAGGAAGAGCUUUAGUGGGAACUCACAGCUUAUCCAGCACCAGAGAAUCCACACGGGUGAGAAACCCUAUGAAUGCGGUGACUGUGGGAAGAGCUUCAGUGUGAGCUCAGCCCUUACUCGUCAUCAGCGAACCCACACUGGAGAGAAACCUUAUGAAUGCACCAUGUGUGGGAAAAGCUUCAGUCAGAGCUCAGACCUUAUGAAACAUCAGAGAAUUCACACAGGAGAGAGGCCCUACGAAUGCACUGACUGUGGAAAGAGCUUCUGUGUGAGCUCUCAUCUUAUUCAGCAUCAGAGAAUCCACACAGGAGAGCGACCCUAUGAGUGUGCCAAUUGUGGGAAAAGCUUCAGUCAGAGCUCAGACCUUAUGAAACAUCAGAGGAUCCAUACAGGAGAGAGACCGUAUGAAUGUGCUGAGUGUGGAAAGAGCUUUAGUUGGAGCUCAGCACUUAUCAAACAUAGCAGAAUCCACACAGGGGAGAGACCCUAUGAAUGCGAAGGGUGUGGGAAAAGCUUCAGUCAGAGCUCGCACCUUGUUCAGCAUCAGAGAAUCCACAUGGGAGGGAAUCCCUGAGAAUGGGCUAAGGGUGGGGAAGGCUUCAUGUCAGAUAUCCUUCCCAAUGGAUAGAAGCCAAAUGUGUUUCUUUGGGCCUGUAGGGCUCUGACUUGUUCAUAGAGAAUGAAAAGUGGAUUGUUGAGGAUGGAGUGUAGGUGGUUGAGUUAGACAAAGAGGAAUGGUUAGUGCAGGGAGAUGAGUCGUGUAGAGGAAUGUGUGGUGGGAGCCAGAGGAGGAACCAGGAGAUGCUGGAGGGGAUGGAUCAUUUGGGAGGGAGGGAGACCUGUUAGUGUAAUUAGGCAGAAGUUACUUUCAUGGGGUAUUAAUAAAUACAUUUAGGUGAAAAGGUAAACUUGCCCAUUUCUCUGUGCACGGGGUGGGCUUCAGACAAGUUAUAGAGGGAAUUUCACAGUCAAGUGGAGGCUUUAUAGGGACUGCAUGGCUUAUUGCUGUGGGAUGGACUCCUGUAGGGAGGGUCUUCUGCAGGUCAGAGUGGGGUGCAAAGAUUCUUUCCCAGCUCUGCCACUUACUUGUUUUACAACCUCAGGUAACUCACUCCACUUCUCUGUGCCUUUGUUUCCCCAUUUGUAAAUCUGGGAUAAGAAUCACCCACCUCACAUACUAUUUAAACUAGACUCACAGAGUCAUAAGAAUUGGGGCCACAUUAAAUUCUGCACAGAGAGGAAUAGAAUGGUCCCUGCCCAGAAGAACUAGAUUCUUUUCCUAGGAUUCUCUUCUCUUUGUUUAUAGGUGUUGGGGGGUUUUGAGACCUUUUUCAUUUAUUAUUUUAAAAACUUAGUUUGACCUCAGUCUUGUUACUUAGGUUUUCAUAUUUGGUGUACGGCAAAGCUACGCUAAGUUGAUUAGACUCAAGCAUAGGGAGUGACUGUAGAAUGUACCACACAUUUAAAGUUACACAUCAAACCUCUUUUAUAUACAAUUACACAUUACAUUUACUAUAUGUUGCAUUACAUGUUUUGAGAUUGGCUUGGCUACUUUGUAGGAACCAAUCCCUGUACAGCAGGGGUGGGCAAACUUUUUGGCCCGAGGGCCACAUCUGGGUAUAGAAAUUGUAUGGCGGGCCAUGAAUGCUCAUGAAA